AUGUUCGGCCAGGACCCACAGUACCCAAUCCUGGACCCCGAACAGCAGCGGAGAUUCGUCGAAUUCACGAUGGGGCGCCUUCUCGAGGUGCUGGUGGUAACCCUGGUGCCGACGUUCGGCAUUUUAAUCCUCUGCGGCAGUCUCGCAUGUUAUAUCAUCAAAAGGAUGGACUCCGGACGACCGGGAGGCGGUGUCGAGUGUCCACCGCCAAGCCCUCCGACUCCACCUCCCGGCUAUGCCAUCGCCUGCUCAUCGGCCCAUGUGCCGCCCCCACUCUACGACGAUCUCUACAAGGUCUACACGCCCAUUGUACAUAGUAAUCCCGCAACCCGAGACACGCUGCCCGUGACGCCAAAGCCCGAA